CGGCCGGCGCGGGCCAUGCCGGCGGUCAAGAAGGAGCUCCCGGGCCGCGAGGACCUCGCCCUAGCCCUGGCCACCUUUCACCCGGCGCUGGCCGCCCUGCCGCUGCCGCCGCUGCCUGGCUACCUGGCGCCGCUGCCCGCCGCCGCCGCCCUGCCCCCGGCCGCCUCGCUGCCCGCCCCGACCACCGGCUACGAGGCGCUGCUGGCCCCGCCGCUCCGCCCUUCGCGCGCCUACCUCAGCCUGCACGAGGCCGCCCCGCACCUCCACCUGCCCCGGGACCCGCUGGCCCUCGAGCGCCUGGCGGCCCCCGCGGCCGCGGCGCCGGACUUCCAGCCGCUGCUGGACAACGGCGAGCCCUGCAUCGAGGUCGAGUGCGGCGCGAACCGCGCGCUGCUCUACGUGCGCAAGCUGUGCCAGGGCAGCAAGGGCCCGUCCAUCCGCCACCGCGGCGAGUGGCUCACGCCCAACGAGUUCCAGUUCGUCAGCGGCCGUGAGACGGCCAAGGACUGGAAGCGCAGCAUCCGCCACAAAGGGAAAAGUCUGAAGACGCUUAUGUCCAAGGGGAUCCUGCAGGUGCACCCUCCGAUCUGCGACUGUCCGGGCUGCCGCAUCUCCUCCCCGGUGAACCGGGGACGGUUGGCAGACAAGAGAACGGUUGCCCUAACACCCACACGGGUCCUCAAGAAGGAACGGAACCCCAGUUUCUCCGCCAGCGAUGGUGACAGUGAUGGGAGUGGCCCAGCCUGUGGGCGGCGGCCAGGCUUGAAGCAGGAGGAUGACCCCCACAUUCAUAUCAUGAAGAGAAGAGUCCACACCCACUGGGACGUGAACAUCUCCUUCCGAGAAACAUCCUGCAGCCAGGACAGCCUUCCUGCCCUGCUAUCCAGCGUGCAUCGCAGCCGCCACCUCGUUAUGCCGGAGCACCAGAGCCGCUGUGAAUUCCAGAGAGGCAGUGUGGAGAUUGGCCUGGGACCCGCAGGUGACCUGUUGGGCAAGAGGCUGGGCCGCUCCCCGUACGCCAGCAGUGACUGCUCCGCGGAGAAGAAGGCCCGAAGCGAGUCCCCUCCAGAGGCCCUGCUGCUGCCGGACCUGGGGCCCAGUAUGGCCCCCGAGGACCACUACCGCCGGCUCGUGUCAGCCCUGAGCGAGGCUGGCGCCUGCGAGGACCCUCAGCGGCUGUACCACCUGGGCCUCCCCAGCCACGAUCUCCUGAGGGUUCGGCAGGAGGUGGCAGCUGCCGCGUUGAGGAGCCCCAGCGGCCUGGAAGUCCACCUGCCGUCAUCCCCAGCAGGCCAGCGCCGGAAGCAGGGCCUGGCCCAGCACCGCGACGGCGCUGCUCCAGCUGCUGCCCUGUCCUUCUCCGAGAGGGAGCUGUCGCAACCGCCCCCCCUGCUGUCGCCCCAGAAUGCCCCUCACAUCGCCCUGGGCCCCCACAUCCGGCCUCCCUUCUUGGGGGUGCCCUCGGCUCUGUGCCAGACCCCAGGCUACGGCUUCCUACCCCCCGCCCAGGCCGAGGUGCUCGCCCGGCAGCAGGAGCUUCUGCGAAAGCAGAGCCUGGCCCGACUGGAGAUGUCUGCGGAACUGCUUCGCCACAAGGAGCUGGAGAGCACGCACCGGCCACAGCUGCUGGCGCCCGAGGCCGCGCUGCGCGCCCCCGACAGCGCCGACGAGCUGCAGCGGCGUGGAGCCCUGCUGGUGCUGAAGCACAGCGCGGCGCCGCUGCUGGCCCUGCCGCCCCAAGGGCCCCCGGGACCCGGCCCCCCAACCCCGCCCCGGGACCCGGCUCGCCGAGCACCCCGGAAGGCAGGUUCGGGCUCCGCUGAUCCCAGGCCCAGUGAGUCCAAAGACACCACAGGGUCUGGACUCUGGGCUCAAGAUGGGUCAGAGGACGAGCCCCCGAAGGACUCCGAUGGAGAGGACCAGGAGGUGGCAGCCGCUGGAGCCCAGGGCUCCACCCCAGGCCAAGCCCCAGGCGCAAGGAUUGGAGCAGAGAAGGGGCUUCUCUCAGGGUCCUCGCUGCCCCCUCCAUUACCCCUGGGCUUCCCCUACUUCCACACAGGUGCUGUGGGGGGGCUCUUCGCUGAUGGGGAUGAAGCCACAGCCCCUGAGGACGUCAGCAAGUGGACGGUGGACGAUGUGUGCAGCUUCGUGGGGGGCCUGUCUGGCUGCGGAGAGUAUGCCAGGGUCUUCAAAGAACAAGGCAUAGACGGGGAGACCUUGCCACUGCUGACCGAGGAGCAUCUGCUGACCACCAUGGGGCUGAAGCUGGGGCCCGCCCUCAAAAUCCGGGCCCAGGUGGCCAGGCGCCUGGGCAGAGUCUUCUACAUGGCCAGCUUCCCAAUGGCCCUGCCGCUGCAGCCGCCAACCCUGCGGGGGCCCGAGCUGGAACUUGCCACAGGAGAGCAGCCUCUGUCCCCAGCAGCCACCUCCCCUUACGGGGGCACCCAGCCCUCCGCCAGCCGAGACUCACCCAGGCAGGAGAACGGCUCUGGGGCUUUGCUCCCUGGAGCCCCAGACCCCACCCAGCCUCUGUGCUGA